AACCGAAUACAGUGAAGCAGAGCAAAUCAAAAGCUGCAAAAUCAAAUCAAGCUCCUCUUCAUUUCUUCUUCAAAUAGCUCGCAAGCUCCAUCGAUCCGCUCCGCUCCUUCUGCAACCACAUCGGCCGAGCAUCCGUCUGUAGGCUCUUCGCUCGACCAAAUCAAAAGAAAUGCAAGCACCAGUUCUCGUUCUCAAGGAUUCGUUAAAGCGCGAGCAAGGGCGCAAGGUGCACUAUGCCAAUAUUCAAGCAGCUAAGGCUGUUGCUGAUAUUAUACGUACUACUUUGGGUCCACGAUCCAUGUUGAAAAUGCUGCUUGAUGCUGCCGGAGGAAUUGUAGUAACUAACGAUGGUAAUGCAAUUCUUCGUGAGUUAGAUCUUGCCCACCCUGCAGCGAAGUCCAUGAUUGAACUAAGUCGCACCCAAGAUGAAGAAGUAGGAGAUGGAACAACAUCAGUCAUAGUUCUUGGUGGUGAGAUGCUUCAUGUGGCGGAAGCAUUCAUUGACAAGAACUACCAUCCUACUGUAAUAUGCCAAGCAUAUAAUAGAGCUCUAGAGGAUGCUGUUACGGUGUUAGAGAAAAUUGCAAUGACCAUUGAUGUCAAGGAUAGUGCUACAAUGUUGGGGCUGGUGAAGAGUUGUAUUGGCACCAAAUUCACUAGCCAAUUUGGGGAUUUGAUUGCAGAUUUAGCAAUUGAUGCAACAGCAACUGUUGGUGUAGAAAUUGGCCAGGGAUUACGUGAAGUGGAUAUUAAGAAGUACAUUAAGGUUGAGAAGGUCCCCGGUGGGCAGUUGGAAGAUUCGAAGGUGCUUAAAGGAGUUAUGAUUAACAAAGAUGUAAUCGCUCCUGGUAAAAUGAGAAGAAAGAUUGUAAAUCCUCGCAUCAUUCUCCUUGAUAGUCCCCUGGAGUACAAAAAAGGUGAGAACCAAACCAAUGCUGAGUUGCUUAAAGAGGAAGAUUGGGGAGUUCUAUUGAAAAUGGAAGAAGAAUUCAUUGAGAACAUGUGUGCACAGAUACUGAAAUUCAAACCAGAUGUAGUUAUUACUGAGAAGGGGCUAAGUGAUUUGGCAUGCCAUUUUCUGAGCAAGGCUGGUGUUAGUGCAAUAAGAAGGUUAAGGAAGACUGACAAUAACAGAAUUGCUAAGGCGUGUGGAGCAGUUAUUGUCAAUAGACCAGAUGAGUUACAGGAAUCUGAUGUUGGUACUGGUGCUGGACUGUUUGAGGUGAAGAAAAUAGGGGAUGAGUUCUUUACUUUUAUUGUUGAAUGCAAAGAUCCAAAAGCUUGUACAGUGCUUCUAAGAGGUGCCAGUAAAGAUCUACUUAAUGAAGUGGAAAGGAAUCUACAGGAUGCAAUGUCUGUGUCACGAAACAUCAUUAAGAAUCCAAAGGUGUUGCCUGGUGGUGGUGCUAGUGAGUUGGCUGUAUCUGCUAUGUUGAAGCAAAAGAGCUCAUCUAUUGAAGGCAUAGAGAAGUGGCCAUAUGAAGCUGCUGCAAUUGCUUUUGAGGCAAUACCACGAACUUUGGCCCAAAACUGUGGGGUUAAUGUGAUCCGGACAAUGACUGUUCUUCAGGGCAAGCAUGCAAAUGGUGAGAAUGCAUGGAUUGGGAUAGAUGGUGUUACUGGUGAGAUUGCUGAUAUGAAGGAGAAGAAGAUUUGGGACUCCUUCACCGUGAAGGCACAAGCUUUUAAGACUGCCAUUGAAGGUGCUUGCAUGCUUCUCCGCAUCGAUGACAUUGUUAGUGGAAUCAAGAAAAAACAAGCCCCUGGAGCAAGCCAAGGUCCAUCAAAGCCUAAAGUUGAGGAGGAAGGCGAUGCUGACAAUGAUCAGUUGAUUCCUGAAUGAUAGCUCUUAGUUGGCUACCAGUUUCGGUUUACAAUUGAAAGUACAUUUGACAUGCCAUCUUUUGAGAGUUUUGUUGUGUCUAACUAGUUUAAUGUGAUCUUCAAGAGUUCCAGUGAAACCAACUCAAUCUUAUUAUCGUUAAGUUUUGUGCGUAUUAUGGUGCCAAUUUUUCUUGUCAGCACAACUGUCGAGUAUGCUGUGCUGUUGCUGUUUUAUUGUUUUUUUUUUUUUUUUUCAGACUGGUUUAAAUGAAAAUUGAUAACUCUCUAACAUCAUCAAUGUUCUUUCGAAUUUA